AUGUUCACCAUGAAAACACUUUCCUCAUCUUUGUCUUCCAUAAGCUCCAUGAAAAUCAAAACCGUCCUUCGAGCCUUUGUACUCCCGCGCAUGUACCCUAUCUCUCGGGCUUUUGGCCGGGCAAAAUCCUUUCUACUCAAACUUGCUAGAGACAUUCAUUUCAUCUACUUGGUGGACUUGCCAACAAUCAAGAAAAACAAGAGCAACAAGCAAAAAAAGCUCUUUUUCGGCUCGUUUAGGCUGCACUACAACUGGUGCUCGUCACACGUCAUGCCUUUAGGACAAGAAAGCUAUAACUCUAGCUAUGAUGAUCCAUGCUGGAAUUCUGUUAUUAAACCGGCUUCGUUCGACAAAUGUUGCUAUCACGAGUCUGAUGGUGAGCUUUCGAGAUACCUGCAAUGGCUUGAGGAAAAAGGGAAUGCUAAUAAUAAUAACAAUAAUAGUAAUAAUGAUAAUCAGGAAUAUUGCUCGAGCUGCAAUGAGAUCGACAAGCUAGCCGACAUGUUCAUUGCGAAUUGCCACGAGAAGUUCAGGUUGGAAAAACAGGAGUCUUACAGAAGGUUUCAAGAAAUGUUGGCUAGAAGUGUAUGA